AUGCAAGAACUCGUCUCCGUGGAAACGGUGAACGCUAAAACAGGAAAGACCAAAGCAGCGCUACGGAAAUCCAGGUGGUUUAGCACAUUAAUCAUCGUUUUGUUUCACUUCUCUAUAUCAGAUAGGUGUAGGAUGGCAGGUACAUCAAGGCAUGACCGAGAGAUGGCAAUUAAUGCCAAGAAGCAGCUGACAGAUUGCUCAGACCCCAUUGAACGACUAAGGCUGCAGUGUUUGGCACGAGGGUCUGCAGGCAUCAAGGGACUUGGCAGGACUUUUAGGAUCAUGGAUGAUGACAAUAGUCGCACACUGGACAUGAAGGAGUUCCUGAAAGGCCUGAGUGACUACGGUGUGCUCAUCGAGAAAGAGGACGCUAUAAAACUUUUCCAGCACUUUGACAGGGACGGCAGUGGAUAUAUUGACUUUGAUGAGUUUCUUUUGUCUCUGAGGCCAGCCAUGUCUAACGCCAGAAAGGAGGUGGUGUUACAGGCAUUCAAAAAGUUGGAUAAGACCGGAGAUGGUUUGAUUACAAUAGAGGAUCUGAGAGGUGUAUACAAUGUCAAACAUCACCCCAAAUAUCAAAACGGUGAGUGGACCGAAGACCAAGUAUUCCGCAAAUUCUUGGACAGUUUUGACUCUCCGGAUGACAAGGAUGGGAAGGUCACAAAAGAGGAGUUUUUGAACUACUACUCCGGCGUGAGCGCAUCCAUUGACACAGAUAUCUACUUUAUAGUAAUGAUGAAAAAUGCAUGGAAGCUUGACUAAACUUCUGAGGCAUCUAUUUUAGGGUGACAAAAGAUGAAUUCUGGAACUAUUACAGUGGAGUCAGUGCUUCUAUCGAUAGUGAUGUGUAUUUUAUUUUAAUGAUGAAGAAUGCAUGGAAGUUAUGAAGGGUUAUACUUGUAAACCAAUUGAUAAUGCUUGUGAAAUCAAAGCAAGUUAGGGUUAAUAAAUCUGACACAAAUUUGUAGGAUAUUAACAAUAAAUCUGGAAAAUGAAAUAAUGGAAGUACUGUAAAAGCUUGAAUUAUGUGUAAAAUGUGUGAGCUUGUGUUACUGGUAAGUUAAUUGUUUUGUUUUUUUAGAGUAAAACACCUUGUUGCAUCAUAACUAAAACCAGUGUGGUAUAUGGUGAUAUAUGGAAGUCUUGUGAGUCUUCAGAUUUAGUUAUGCAUGUUCUGGCAAAUGCUAUUUUACAAAAAGUGUCUCAUUUAAUAAAUGUUU